GUUUCACUAUCGUGGCACAUCAAAGAAAAAUAGGGGGAAGGGUUACACCUUAGAUUGAUUGAUUGAUUGAAUAUUGUUUAACGUCCCUCUCGAGAAUCUUUCACUCAUAUGGAAAUGUCACCAUUGCCGGUGAAGGGCUCUUAAUCAAAGACCCUGCUCUGCGGCGCUUACGGCCUUUGAGCAGGGAGGGGUCUUUAUCGUGCCACACCUUCUGUGACACGAGACCUCGGUUUUCGCGGUCUCAUCCGAAGGACCGCACCAUUUAGUCGCCUCAUACGACAAGCAAGGGGUACUGUGGACCUAUUCUAACCCGGAUCCCCAUGGACUUACACCUUAGAUGAUUGAUUGGUUGGUUAUAGCGUAGAUCGUACGCUACGUCAUAAAUCGUGUGGUGUGUAAUCACGUGAUACGCGAAAGUGAAAGUGUAGUACAAACAAUGGCAGUGUCCGACAAAAUCUAUUCUAUAAAGUUAGAGGAAACUGAUGUUCCUGGAGCGAAGUUUCGUUGUUCUGAUGUGUCAGAACAUUCAGUCGUUGAACUGAAGCGAUGGUUAGAAUGCAGGGGAAUGUUACAAGCGGGUACAAAACUCGAAUUAGUCAAAAGGUGCCUAGAAUGCAUAGAGUCCAAGAACACAGACAUCAUAAUUUCUGUGGAUGGGGGAAUCUGGUACGAGGAGAAAGUACGAGAGGUGUUAUCCACUGCCCGCAGUAAAUCAUCAGCUGAUAUGAUACCUCUUUUACCUACAAGUGGUUGGCAAAAAUUUCCUUCAGGGAGUAUUCCUAAAGGAUUCUGUUAUGGAAGAAUAUAUGAACAUAUAAUACUACUGCCAAAGUAUAUGAGAAAAAAAGUAAAACGUCGACGUCUGAUAGUGAAAGUGAAGACAAUUUGACAGACUUCAAUACUUCAAAACCGAUGGUGAAAGGACGUCAAUAUUUUGCCAGCGGCCAUGUAAAACAUAUUAAGAGCAUUGCAAAAGGUGAAUACUUUUUUGUCAAAUCAACUGUGAUGGCAUCAUACACUGAACAAAAGCUAUAUCAUGUGACUUUAACUUUAGGAUCUCCAUCUGGGAAAAUAUUGGAUGCCUCGUGUGAUUGUAAAGCUUCAGCAAUGGGACGAUGUAACCAUAUAGCUUCGUUAUUAUUUGCUUUGGAGGAUUACACAUUACAGUUUGGAUACGAUCCGGAUGCUUGCACUAGCAAGCUAUGUACAUGGAAUGUAGGACGGAAGGCUAAAAGGCAACCUCAGCCAUGUUAUUCCACAUCAUACAACAAAAAGUUAAAAGCAGAUAGGUACAGAAAUUAUAAUCCUUUGACUACUAAAUUGGAUGAAACUAAAUUUGCAAAUGAAUUUAUUGCUACAUUGCCAAAUUCUGGAUCAUUUUGUAUGUUUGACCAAAUAUUAGAAAUUGAAUAUAGUGAUUAUGUGGUUGACAUUAAAAAUUUAAAUGAAAGAACCAAUUAUUCUUUGAAUUUGAUCAAACAAGAUGCAUCUGAACCUUAUGAAGUCCCAAACACUGAUAGACAGGCUGAAUCUAUUAUGUGGCACAGCAGUCGCAAUUGUAGAAUAACUGCAUCUGUAGCAAAGGAAGUCAGUAGUGUUAAAAGCCCAAGGGCUAAAUAUAACCUUUUGGAGCGGAUUCUAUGGGGUAAAAAGCUUCCCCAAUUGAAAAGUUUAAAGUAUGGACAAGAAAAUGAAGAUAAUGCAUUUAUGCAAUAUGUUAAUCUGAGUAAGGGAAACAAUGAAACAACAAGAAAAAGUGGUUUCUGGAUAAAUCCCGAGUACCCUGAAUUAGGAUGUAGCCCAGAUGGACUAAUCUAUGAUGCUAACAAUAAUCUUAUUGGUGUUUUGGAAAUAAAAUGUCCAUUAGUAUUGAAAGACAAAGACCCAUUAUGUAUAGAGAGUCUAAAGCCGUGUCAACGAUUUAACUUGUGUUAUACAAUAGAAAAUGGUAUCCUGUCUUUGAAAAAAAAACCAUAAGUACUAUGCUCAGGUUCAAAUGCAAAUGGGACUUUGUAAUGUGAAAUUCUGUGAUUUUGUAAUUUGGUCUAGUGCAAAAACUUUGAUUCAGAGAAUCCAUUUUGAUGGAGAAUAUUGGCAUGAUCUCCGAGAUAAAUUAAUUUUAUUUCAUCAUAAAUGUAUGAUGCCGGAAUACCUAGAAAUGAGGAUUCCAAGAAAACUCUUGCCAGUAGAACUUUAAAUACAUGUAUAUAUUGCAAGUGUUCAUCAGUGCAAAUAUUCAUACAUGCACCUGCAAUUUAUAAUGAUAAAGAGUAAAAUAAAUAAUGUUAUUAUUUUCUAUGAGAUACACAUAUGAUAUAUCAAAUGUCUUGACUUCUUCAUUUACAUGUAUUUUUGUACAUAA